AUGGCGACGCCUUAUCAGUUGGCCCUGGACGAGGAGUGGGAUGAACUGAAGAAUUUCUACGACAAAGAACGUGUUUUUGCUGUGACAUUUCUUCAAACAGCCGCCGAGGACAAUGUAUUUCACUUGGCAGCGUUCAGCAAAAGUAAAGAACCGCUUGAAAGUUUCCUUAAAAUUGCUGAAGAGGAUCCUAUGGCAGAGUAUGCAUAUUCGGCAAAGAAUAUCUACGGAAACACGGCUCUUCAUGAGGCUGCCGCCGAUGGUAACAUUGAGGCGGUAGAGCUCUUGGUGAAACACGAUAAGAAGCUCCUUGAGGAUAGAAAUAUAGAAGGCGAAACCCCGCUGUUUAAAGCUGCUGCAUAUGGGCAAACAGAGGUGGUCCGUUAUUUAGCUUCAGAAUCAGAGUGGAGAAAGUUGUGCAAAGCUGAUAGACAUUCACCGCCACAGAGUCCUCUGAUUGAUGCAAAACGAAGAAUAGGGUUGCCAAUACUGAGAAGAAUCUUGAAAGAUAAGAGAAAGCAUAAACUUGCUUUUGAACUCACCAAAAAGCUAAUAGAUCAAGAUACUACGUGGCUGCAGAUUGUUGAUACAAGAUUGUCCGAAGGAGGUGAAGGUGAAGGUUCAAAACCAGGAAAUAUUCAAGCUGACCAGGUAGGAGAAGGUGAAGGUUCAAAACCAGGAAAUAUUCAAGCUGACCAGGUAGGAGAAGGUGAAGGUUCAAAACAAGGAAAUAUUCAAGCUGACCAGGUAGGAGUAGGUGAAGGCUCAAAACCAAUCGCAUUAUUUCUGGCUACUGAAAAAGGAAUAGUAGAGAUUGUCAACGAGAUACUUAAACAAACGCCCCAGUUGGUCGAGUAUAUCGAUGAUAAGAAUCGGAGUAUAUUACAUAUCGCUAUCAUGCACCGUCAAAUGGAAAUCUUCGAUAUUGUGAAAGAGAUGAAUAUACCAAUGAAAAGGUUAGUCCGAGGGAUCGACGUAUGUGACUAUACCAUUUUACACCAUGCUGCAGACAUGACCAAUGAUAAUGCAGAUAUUCACCGUGGUCCUGCAUACCAUCUACAAGAAGAGUUAAAGUGGCACAAACGUGUGGAGAAGCUAGCGCCCACCCAUUUUGCCGUGUUCCUUGUAACUGCAAAUGAUGACAAUAAAGAAGACAAGAAUUGCAAUUGCAAAGAGCUGUUCGAACUGAAGCACAAUAAACUACUCAAAGAAGCACAUAAAUGGGUAAAAGAGACUUCUCAAUCAUGCUAUGCGGUGGUUGUUCUCGUCGCCACCGUGGUGGUUGCAGCUGCCUAUACUGUACCUGGAGGUUCCAAUGAUAAUGGUUAUCCAGUUUUCCUCAACAACAAGUUCUUCUGGGUUUUCACAGUCAUGGACGUUGUUGCUUUAGCUUGCUCCUUGACCUCGGUGGUAAUGUUCUUAUCUGUCCUCACUUCACCUUUUAGUUAUGAAGAAUUCCGUCAGAGGCUCCCUCGAAAACUUACGAUAGGCUUCUCCUUACUCUUCUUUGCAUUGACUACAACAAUGCUUGCAUUCGCGGCAACAUUAUUGCUGAUCGUUCGUUUACAAAAGCCACGUUGGACCUCCUCUCUCAUUUACACAGCUGCAUUUUUUACGGUCAGUAUAUUUGCACUCACGCAAUUCCCUAUGUAUGUUGCAUUUAAGGCAACUUUUCUCAAGUUUUACAAGUGGAUUAAGAAGGUUCAUCGUAGUAAAUGGUUUAAGAAGCGGCUGGCGACCAAGUUUCAAUGUUAUAAGAAGAAGCUUCUGAUGAAUGAUGUGUUGUCCAAGAAGAAUGAUGAUCUAGUAUGA